AUGCAGUUCUUCUUGUCGAGACGAUGGAAGCCGAAUAAAUGGCCUUUCUUUAUUCUGGUCGGCCUCGAGCUUCCACUGAACGUUGCUCUCCUCGCAUUAUUCGGCAUCGCUUCGCCAAACACGUACCGCACAAAACUGUGGCAGGAUGGCGCCGACAACGGCUUCAACUCAAGUCCAUCAACCGGGCUCUAUGCAGCCGCUAAUUACAGACCGUACACCACUCCCAAAGUCUGGUCACAAUUUAUAACAAACUUCAACGUUGUCAUCAGCGUUCUGUCCUUGUUCAUUAUGCUGGUCAAAGGCAUCAUGUACAUCCUCCAUGUCUUUCCGCCCGUCCUCUCCGUCCUUGUGCACGCGGUACUAAUCGCACUCUACGCCGUUUCUGUCGAUUACCAAGCCAGCAGCGACACCACCGACCCUGACCAUCCGCAGCACGGCGCACCUUGGUACAUUACUAAAUCCUGCAGUGUCACCAAGAACAAGAGCCUGGUAGGAUACUGCAAGCAAGCAAAAGCGAGCUUUGCAUGCACAUGUGCAAUGCUAGGGGUCUUUGUCAUCUAUUUCGGCUUCGCCGCGUGUUCAUGUUUCCCAUCGAGACAGCAACGAGCGGAAUAUGCAGAGAAGAAGCGGCUCAGGGCCGAGAAGUGGGCCAAGUUUGAGUCUCUUGAUGAUCCGGUUGCCGGCGGGGAUGCCUUCUAUCCCAUGCCAGAAACACCAGGGCCCCAGGCCGGUCUGAACCCCAUGACUCCUAGAACGAUGGCGUUCAAUACCUUGGGAGGGACGAGAGAUCUUCCUCUUCAAAGUCAUUUCAGCUCUCCCAACGCUCCAGUAUCUCCAUCAUACGCCCUCAGAAGCCCUGAUCUCCCCAGGAGUCCGAUGAGUCCUGGAUUUGUCGAUAGAGUAGUGGAUGAUGUCCGCUCUGGGAAGUCUCCCGAGCCUGAAGCUAGUCGGAGAAGCCCGAAUCCGACUUCGCCUCAGCUGUACUUUCCGCCUCCUCCCAAGACAUCGAAAAAAUGA